AUGAAGGUCGCUGGACCGGCCGGAGCUUUAGUUGCUCUGGUCAUUAUGGGUGUGAUCGCAAUCUGUGCCGCCGAAGGCUUGAGCGAGUUGACCCAGCUCUUUCCCGCCCCAAAUGCGAUCGUCGAAUACGUGAGAGCUUUUGUGGAUGAAGACCUCGCAUGGGUGAUUGGUAUCGCAUACUGGUUUACAUACUCCUCAAUCUUUGCUACGCAAAACCUCGCAGCUGCGAAUUUGGCUGUAUACUGGGGAUUGACGCAGGUCUGGCAGAUUGUACUCUUCUAUUUCGUCACACCUGGAGUUCUUGUCGCCAUAAAUCUUGUUGGUGUUGGGACUUUCGGAUGGAUAGAGGCUAUUGGUGGCAUCCUCAAGAUCAUGCUCGUGUUGGGGGCCACUAUCGUUCUCUAUGUUAUCUCUGCACAACCGAUACAAGAUGGCUUCAAAUACAACCAAGAUUACACUACCAACAAGUACCGCGCCCUUGCGUAUGUGAUCCCUAUGAUCGCUUUUGGUUUCCUUGGUAUCGAGACCGUCGCCGUGACCGCAUUCGAAGCACACACAUCCCGCUCCUUACGGCUUCCAUCUCAGUCAAUAGCUUACGUCGUACUUUUACUAUACUUUUUAUGUCUACUUGGACAAUGCCUCAACGUCUCAUGGCAGGAUGAGCAUCUUCCAUUGAUCUAUGGCGGUAUAGGGAACAGCACAACAGAUACCAACGAACUCAAAAACCCGACCUCCAGUAAUCUCACCAUUAUUGCACUCUGGGCCCAGGGACAAAAAGGUUUGGCAGGGUUUUUGAAUGGUGCUAUGAUCUUUAGCGUCAUAUCAGCAGCUAAUACCUCACUCUACGUCGCAUCGCGAACACUUUACGGUAUUGCGAGGGAUGUACCAACGACGAACAGGCUGGGCAAGUUUCUGCAUAGCUUUUCUGUGGUGGUGCCAAAGACUGGAGUCCCGGCUCGUGCCCUGAUUUUCUCCGCAGGCGCGUUCCUAUGGUUGCCUUUCCUCAGUCUCAAAGGCGGAUAUGCAGUACAAUAUUCAACCAAGGUCAUCGAGAUUUUCCAGAUCUCUGCAAGUGUCAGCUGCCUGAUUGUCUGGGCUUCCAUAUCCUUUGCAUAUUUGCGCUACUACAUCUGGCUUAAACACUGCGACCAGAACCUCGUCGACAAAUACCAGCAAUUCAACCGCAGGGACGGCUCUUACCGACCGUUUACGGUGCUUGCUUUCCUACAACCGCUCCCAGCCAUCGCCGCGAUCGCAGGCUGCGUCAUCGUCUUCGCUUUCUGCAGUGCGACAUGGUGGGAUAAGGAUAUCACGUUUUCAAAGGUCGCGAUCGGCUACGCGAGCCCUAUCAUCUUAUUUGUGCUGUUCGUCAUCUUCAAACUGAUCAACCGUCGAAUGUGGAUUCGCACAAGCGAUGACUUUGCAGUUCUUUCGCAGACGCUGGAUAGAUUGAAGUGGUAUAAGACGGACGAACUUGAUCUGGAUCCGCAAACUCAGCGUGAGGAGGAGAUGAGGGUACUCUCUCCGCCGCAGGUAUCCAGACAAGACCUGGGUGAACCUGUUCAAACUUGA